AUGAACACGACAACGUCCACAUUAAUGUCAUCGACAGCUAUUAAUUAUGCAAAUACUUUCUUUCGAUAUGAUCCAUCAAUAGCAGGAGCUUCAAUAUUUUUGGCAAUGUUUUCUAUCGUAACAAUUGUUCAUCUAUAUCAAAUGUUUCGAUAUAAAACAUAUUAUUAUAUUGCAAUUGUUAUUUGUGGAAUUGCGGAAGUUGUUGGUUAUGCAACUCGAUUAGUAUCUCGAGCGAAUCCAUUUAAUAGAGAUAUUUAUUCAACCCAAUAUGCAUUAAUAGUUUUGGCUCCAAUAUUUCUUGUUGCCAGUCUCUAUGUAAUGCUUGGUCGAAUUAUUCGUUUUGUUGGUCAUCGAUCAUUGAUACCUGCUAAACGAAUUGCACUUAUUUUUAUUACUGGUGAUGUUAUUACAUUUUUAGUCCAGAUAUUUGGUGCAAUUAUGCUUUUAAAUAAAAACAAUACAAGCAAUGUAAAUCUUGGAAAAAAUAUUCUAUUAGUUGGUUUAAUUAUUCAGAUUGGAGUAUUUUUCUUUUUCACUAUUUGUGCUAUUCAUUUUCAUGUUACUGUCAAUAAAAGUGGACAACAUAAUGGUGGAAAUUGGAGACAAUUAAUCAAAGCUCUAUAUGUAGCUUGUGUAUUUGUUUUAUUACGAUCAUUAUUUCGUGUUAUUGAAUUUUCUGAAAGUGUUACUGGUUAUCUUCAAACAACGGAAUGGAUAUUUUAUGUUUUCGAUGCUCUUUUAAUAUUUCUUACAACAAUCAUAUUUACUAUUUUUCAUCCCGGAAAAUAUCUUGCUCAAAAUUCUAUUCACCGGUGA